CCAGGCCCGGUGGGUAUUCGAGAAGAACCCCGGCUAAGGCAGCAGUCACAGCCGGUGCUUCCCAGCCUCACUACGAGAAGACUCGAGACGAGUCGUCCCGUUCUCUGCGGCGAGCGUUUUGCGCCCAGCAGAGAGAAAGGGACACGCCGCUUUAGACAUGGCAACACCUAAGAAGCGAGUUGGAAUUCUGCUGGAAUUCAACUACGAAGAUUUGGAGGUGUGGUAUCCGCUACUGCGGUUCAGCGAGGAGGAAGACAUUGAGGCGUUCACAGUGGCUCCGGAGGCUGCAAAGACGUACACGUCCAAGAAAGGUUACCCCUGCAAAUCUGACAGGGACAUUGCCAGCACCACAGCUGAUGACCUGGAUGCACUGAUCAUUCCUGGAGGAUGGGCCCCAGACUACUGGAGAAGAGAUGCUAGAUUUGUUGAUCUCGUCAAAAACACCUUCGAUUCAGGCAAAUAGUAGCAUGAUUGUGGAUUCAUUGCCCUUAUCUACCCUCACUUAUAUACUCCAACCCAGGAAAGCCAGUGGCUGCCAUCUGCCACGGCCCGUGGCUCCUCUGUUCAGCCCGAGUGCUGGCUGGUAAGAAAGCCACCUGUUUCUGCUCUAUCAAGGAUGAUGUCAUCAACGCAGGGGGUUUGUAUGAAGAUGCUCCGGUGGUUGUCGACGGCAACCUAAUCACGUCUCGUGUACCCACCGACCUCCCGCAAUUCUGUCGCGAGAUCAUCAAACAACUUCGAAACUGAGAGAUUUAAAACUUUUCUUACACGUUAUAAAAUCUGUUUUCUAAAAAACAAUAAUUUUUGCUGUGCUAUGUUAGUCUUGAUAUGCCUGGUAGUGGUGCUUCUGAGGGGUCCUGGUGGGUGUGGCCAGCAGAUAAUAGUGAUUAAAUCAUAAAUGCAGCUCUCUUGCUUGCCUCCAGUUUGAUCUUCUUUUCCCCACUGUCUCCUGUUGUCUCUUCGCUUUUCCUCUUACGACUUUUCGGGGGACUCAAUUCUUCCACUCUACAUUUCAUCAUUUUCUUCUCUAUGUGUCUG